AAUUAAGUUAAAAUACGGAAAAAUACCUUAAAAAAUCAUUUUAAACUGGAACAACGUUCGUUCCCCUGUCUGCUCAACGCCAACACCAACACCCUCUCUCUCUGUAUUCACCUUUUCAUUUCAUGGAUGAAACCCAGAUGGAAGUUCAACACCAAUCUCCCUUCAUGGGUCGAUUCUCUCAACCUACCCUUCAUUUCAAACCCACCACCUUCCCUAUACCCAUUUCCUUCAACUUCAAACCCAGACUUAACGUCUCUUCUCUCCCUUUGCGGCAGAGACAGAAACCUCACUCUCGGUUCUUCCAUCCAUGCCCGAAUCAUCAAACAACCUCCUUCCUUCCAUUUUGAUGCCUCCCAACGUAAUGCCCUUUUUGUUUGGAACUCUCUCCUCUCCAUGUAUUCCAAAUGUGGUGAAUUCUGUAAUGCUGUUAAGGUGUUUGAUCAUAUGCCUGUCAGAGAUACCGUUUCGUGGAAUACAAUCAUUUCUGGGUUUUUAAGGAAUGAUGAUCUUGACUCUGCUUUUAGUUUCUUUAAGCAAAUGAGUGAGUCUAGUAGAGUGUGUUGUCGAUUUGAUAAAGCUACUCUUACUACAAUGUUGUCAGCUUGUGAUGGUUUGAGAUUGGGAACAGGGUUAGGAUUAGGAUUCUCUAGUGCAACACAAAUGAUCCAUGGUUUGGUGUUUGUUGGUGGUUUUGAGAGGGAAAUUACGGUGGGGAAUGCUCUUAUAACGUCGUAUUUUAAAUGUGGUUGUUUUAGUCUAGGAAGGAAGGUUUUUGAUGAGAUGAUUGAGAGGAAUGUUGUAACUUGGACGGCUGUGAUUUCUGGGCUUGCGCAAAAUGAGUUUUAUGAGGAUAGUUUGAGGUUGUUUGCUCAAAUGUGUUGCGGGUCUGUGAGUCCUAAUGUUUUGACAUAUUUGAGCUUACUCAUGGCUUGUUCGGGUUUGCAAGCGUUAAGGGACGGCCAGAAAAUUCAUGGCUUGUUAUGGAAAUUGGGAAUGCAGUCGGAUUUAUGUAUUGAAAGUGCUUUGAUGGAUUUGUAUUCGAAGUGUGGUAGUUUAGAGGCAGCAUGGCAGAUAUUUGAGUCUGCUGAGGAGCUGGAUGGAGUCUCCUUGACGGUAAUACUUGUAGCUUUUGCUCAAAAUGGAUUUGAGGAGGAAGCUAUCCAGAUAUUUAUGAAAAUGGUGACGCUGGGGAUAGAUAUCGACCCUAACAUGGUUUCCGCUGUUCUUGGGGUAUUUGGUGUUGGCACUUCUUUGGCUCUUGGAAAACAGAUUCACUCUUUAAUCAUAAAAAAGAAUUUCAGUCAGAAUCCUUUUGUGGGUAAUGGACUUGUAAACAUGUACUCCAAAUGUGGAGAUUUGUCUGAUUCCCUCCGAGUGUUUUAUCAGAUGACUCAAAAGAAUUCGAUUUCAUGGAACUCGGUAAUUGCUGCUUUUGCUCGCCAUGGAGAUGGUCUCAGGGCACUUCAAUUUUACGAAGAGAUGAGAGUGGAGGGUACAGAACCAACAGAUGUUACAUUUUUGUCAUUGCUUCAUGCUUGCAGUCAUGCAGGAUUAGUUGAGAAGGGUAUGGAGCUUUUGGAGUCUAUGACUAGAGAUCACAACAUAAUCCCUAGGUCAGAACAUUAUGCUUGCAUCGUCGACAUGUUGGGGAGAGCAGGACAUCUUAAUGAAGCUCGGAAAUUCAUCGAGGGAUUGCCUGAGCAUGGUGGCGUGCUAGUUUGGCAGGCAUUGCUUGGUGCCUGUAGCAUACACGGUGAUUCUGAGAUGGGUAAAUAUGCUGCUGAUAAACUAUUUUCAGCUGCACCAGACACCGCAGCUCCUCAUGUUUUGAUGGCAAACAUAUAUUCUGUUGAAGGGAAAUGGAAAGAGAGAGCAAGUUCCAUUAAGAGAAUGAAAGAGAUGGGAGUAGCAAAAGAAGUAGGUAUAAGUUGCAUUGAGAUUGAAAAGAAAGUCAAUAGUUUUGUAGUAGGAGAUAAAUUGCAUCCGCAGAGUGAUGUUAUAUUCUGGGUUUUGUCUGGUUUGCUGAAACACCUUAAAGAUGAAGGCUAUGUCCCUGAUAAAAAGUGUAUUCUCUUUUACUUGGAACAAGAUAAAGAGAAGUAGUGACUGCAUUUAUUCUGACUAAUCAUUUUCAAUGAGAAUUGAGAAUCCCAUUGAUGUUUAUCCAAACUACCCUUCAAGGAAGAGUUUGUGUUGAUAAA